UUUAUAUCGUGGCAUUUACGUAAGUGUGACACGCGCAACAGACAAACACAAACACAUCCGAUAGCUGUUCACAUUCACAGCGAUUCACAGUCGAUCUUUCAGUCUUGUACAGCAUGCGUGCUGCGAAGAGGAACGGAACGCAGCUCUUAUCCGCACGAGGUUUUUCGCUCAAAUCGUGAUUAUAGAAUAUAUUAUCGGAAACGCGAUCGCGAUCUUGACCGACUGUCAUACAUUUUGGAUUGCGAAUCACGAAGCGUGCCGCUAUCCAUGCGAUUCUGCAUGACGUGUACAUACGCACGUCACGCAUCUCGCAUCUCUUUCUGUUCUAUAUUCUUUACGCGACGACGAUACCGCUCGAAGCGACGUACUCCAAACAGUCGCAGUGCCGUAUCAUACAUGGUGGAUUUAGUAAAUGCAGUCAAACGAGAUUCUACAUCGUAAGUGAACAAAGCCUUCUGAUCGAAGAAGGAUUGCCACGGGAAAACGUGUAAUUGGUUAAAAUGGAUCGGGUGAGAGGACAAACUUCGAUGGGUAAUUGUCGCUCCAGAAAGCUUGGCGUUUGCGUGAGCGUGGUUGUACUCGGGACCUUUAUUGGUUGGAUGCUAUUAGCGUACACGGCGUUUGCAUCUCCGACUACUAAACAUGACACGUUACAGCAAGUGGUGUUUUUGUUUCGUCACGGCGACAGAACUCCUACAGAGACCUAUCCUAAGGAUCCUUAUAUAAAUUACUCUUGGCCCAAUGGCUGGGGCGCCCUGACCAAGAGAGGAAUGCUUCAACUGUAUGACGUAGGUCAGUGGAUCCGCCAAGAAUACGGCGCUAUAAUCGGUAAUAAAUUCGAAAGCGCAACCACGUUGGUGCGUAGCAGCUACGCGGAUCGAUGCAUUAUGUCGGCGCAGGCAUUACUCGCCAGUUUGUUCGCACCAAGUCCCGAGGAUAUGUUUUUGCCCGGAUUGACAUGGACUCCUGUUCCUGUACAUUCGAUACCACGAAAUUUGGACAAGCUAAUAAUAGUGAAGGCACCAUGUCCCAGGCUAGAGAGAGCUUUAAAACAGGCUUAUUUAGACGAGGCAAGAAGAUCAGGCGCAAAAAUGGCCGAAUAUUACAGAGAACUGACGGAGCAUACUGGUCAGAAUAUGAGCACGAUUACCAAUGUCGAGUUUCUUUAUAACACUCUCGAGAUCGAGGAGCAACAUGGUUUGCAACUGCCGGAAUGGACGCAAAAGUUUUACAAUAACGAGAUGCGCGAAAUAGCCGCUCGUGGUUUGACGAUCUUCACUGACAGCACUAUUCAAAAACGUCUUCUGGGAGGUCCGUUGCUAAAGGAGAUUUUAUCGCAUAUGGAAGAGACUAGAACCGAUUCUAAACCAAAACGAUCUUAUUUUUAUUCCGCCCACGAUAUAACUAUCGUCAACGUGUUGAGAACGAUGGGAUUCACGAACGAACUUUUUAAACCCGAUUACGGAGCAACGCUCAUAUUCGAGCUGCAUCUCUCCAAUAAUAGUGCCGAUCAGGAAGUGAAGUGCUCAAUUUCAGACCAUCGGUUUGCGUCAUCAUUGACGAUUGUAACAGCUCCUCUGCCACCCCUACUACCAUCACCACCACGUCCUCCGGAAGUCCGCGUUGUACGCGAUCUUCCGCGGUCGAUGUGCAUACGUCACGUCGGCAGCGGAUCAUCUCGCCGUCGUCUUGACUAAGCGCUGCACUUUCCCAUUAGUCCGCAUCGGUCGUCUCGUCUAUUGCGCUCUAGCAAGCGCGCUCGUUCAACCUUGACUGGCGGAUCUGAACAAAGGUUGGUGCUCUCUCGGCCACGGCCUUCCACAGUCUUGUCCGUGCGCUCAUCUUCACAGUUUUUGCGUUUUCGCACUUCGCUCUUCAUUGCACGCGUUAAAUAUUUUGUUUCGAGUCUCGGAAAACGCUUGUUGCAGAUCGCCAACAUGUUUAGCUGGCUAAAUCGUGAAGAGAAUAACAAGCAAGAUCUCUUUGAAAAUGUUACCGAAGGUCUCAAGAGGAUAUACAAAUCCAAGUUAUUACCAUUGGAGCAAUAUUAUCAAUUCCAUGACUUUCAUUCACCACAAUUGGAUGAUCCAGAUUUUGAUGCAAAACCCAUGAUUCUCUUAGUCGGGCAAUAUUCAACUGGCAAAACUACAUUUAUCAAAUAUUUAUUGGAGAGAGAGUUUCCUGGUAUUAGGAUUGGACCAGAGCCUACUACAGAUCGAUUUAUAGCAGUCAUGUAUGAGGAGAAGGAGGGUGUUAUUCCUGGAAAUGCCUUAGUUGUAGAUCCAAACAAACAAUUUAGACCACUUUCAAAAUUCGGCAAUGCAUUCUUGAAUAGAUUUCAAUGUUCAACUGUAGCUUCACCUGUUUUAAAAGGCAUAUCCAUAGUGGACACACCUGGUAUAUUAUCUGGUGAAAAACAACGAGUUGACAGAGGAUACGACUUUACUGGUGUUUUAGAAUGGUUUGCUGAACGUGUAGAUAGAAUUAUAUUGUUAUUUGACGCUCAUAAACUUGAUAUAUCAGAUGAGUUUCGUAGAUCUAUUGAGGCCUUACGUGGACAUGAUGAUAAGAUUAGAAUUGUUCUUAACAAAGCUGAUAUGAUAGAUCAUCAACAACUCAUGAGGGUAUAUGGUGCAUUAAUGUGGUCUUUGGGAAAGGUUCUACAAACUCCAGAAGUGGCUAGAGUUUAUAUAGGCUCAUUUUGGGAUCAACCAUUAAGAUAUGAUGUUAAUAGAAGGUUAUUUGAAGAUGAAGAACAAGAUCUGUUCAAAGACAUGCAAUCGCUUCCAAAAAAUGCUGCAUUACGAAAACUUAAUGAUUUAAUCAAACGAGCACGUUUGGCAAAGGUGCAUGCAUAUAUAAUAAGCGCCUUACGAAAAGAUAUGCCAAGCAUGUUCGGCAAAGAUACCAAGAAGAAAGAACUGAUAAAAAAUUUGGGUCAAACUUAUGAUCAAAUACAAAGAGAACAACAGAUUUCACCUGGUGAUUUUCCAGAUUUAAAGAAAAUGCAAGAGUGUUUAGCACAUCACGAUUUUAGCAAAUUUAAUCCUAUUAAACCUAAGUUAUUAGAAGUGGUAGAUAAAAUGCUCGCUGAAGACAUUGCAAAGCUUAUGGCUAUGAUACCACAUGAAGAAGUCACCACAGUUUCGGAACCACUUAUUAAAGGAGGUGCAUUUGAAGGUGUAGAAGAUCAAGUUAGUCCAUUUGGAUACAAAAGAGGAGAAGGAAUUGAUGCAGGAGCAGGUGAACCAGAAUGGAUUGUCAAUAAAGAAAGAUAUAAAUAUGAUAGCAUGUUUGAAUCACUUGGACCACAAGAUGGAAAGAUUACGGGAGCAGCGGCUAAAUCGGAAAUGGUCAAGUCCAAAUUGCCGAACAGCGUACUUGGAAAGAUCUGGAAACUCUCAGACAUUAAUAAAGAUGGGUUCUUAGAUUCUGAUGAAUUUGCCUUAGCUAUGCAUCUAAUUAAUGUAAAACUCGAAGGUUAUGAUCUCCCGGCCGAGUUGCCAGAACAUCUAAUACCACCAUCAAAACGCGAUACAUAAUAUAUUCUUCUACUGUAAUUUAUUAAAUUUCACAAAUGGCAUGCGCGCAUGCGGUUUCUUGAAGGCACAAGAAACCACAGAUAUUAGAACGACUUGUCAAGCGUGCGCUGAUUGAUGCCAUUGGUUCACAGGUUUGAGAACUAUAAAAUUAUACUUUUAUUACCAGCUGUAUCAUAUUAUGUGUAUACUAUAAACGGUCCGAACGGGCCGACUCGCGUGAAGAUACACGGUGCGUCUCGUUGUUGCGCGCUUACUUGGCGCGAGACACUACCGUGUCUCUUAAUUAUUCUGAUAAUAUAUCAAGGCCGGGGAACAUAUACAGCUUGCAAUUUUUAGAGAAAUACUGUGCAAGAUUGAUUAGUGCAAAAAAUAUAUAUACGGUAUCUUUCAAAUAAUAUUUUUCCGAAAUAUAUAUAAGUGGAGAAAAACUAUACACAUAGUAUGCCAUGCUUACUGGCAUAUUAGUAUAUAAACAACUUAGAAUAUUUGCUUUUAUUUAAGAUAUUAAGUUGAAUCGAAACUUUGGCCUUGGAAUUGUAUUUGUGCUUUAUAACUUUGUAAUUACAUGUCCUGAAUUGGAGAACGUCACUCGAUCAAUGAAUAGAGACUGCAUUUGGUUAUACUAAAGCAAAUAGCUUUUUUCUUUUUUUUUAAAUAAUAAUAUACAGGAUAUUUCUGACAGACCUGAUCUAAAUUUAGAGAAACAUCAUUUUGCAGAUAAAAUAAACUUAAAUUUAAUGUUUGAAAGUACUUCAUUUGGAUGAAAUAUAUACAAACAAAUAUUUAUUUUCUACUUAGUUAGAAUUAAUAGAAAAUGUUUCCAAAAUUGGGUCAUUUUAGAAUACCUUGUAUACAAAAAUAAAAAGAAAGUAAACAAUGAACAUUUAUAAGAAGAUAAAAGACUGGAUAAAAGAUGUAGACUUUGCAUAUUCUAAAAAAAAGAAUAAAUUUUUGAACUCUGACAAAAAUUAUUCUUAACACAAUGAAAGAAGUUUAUCUUAUUCCAUAUAUCAAUCAAAAAAUCACAGGAAUGUCUGAAUUCUUUAAAUUCUUAAAUAGAGAGAAAGAAAUAGAAUUCUUAACCAAGCUGACCAAAAAAAUAUAUUUAAAACUUAAAAUUUUGGUGAAAAAAUACACAAUUUUGUUCACUCUAUGUUAUUAAUCAAUAAGAAGUAAUACAUACAAGACAAAUUAUUUUAAGUUAUAAUUUUUGAAUUUAUUUAAUCUUACUUACAUUGCAGCUAAUAUCUGUUGCUCAUAUUAUGCUAUUUUACCAGACUUAUUUAGAUUAUUAGAUUUGUCUCUUCUCUGCAACAUUGACCAAAGAAUACGACGUUAGAAAUAAAAGUAUAUCAUACAUGUGGGUAAUAUCAAGAAAUUUCUAAUUAUAACAUAUAUUAUCAUUAGCACAAAUUAUGCUAUUUAUAAAAAUUUUGAUAUUCAAACACUUUUCUUUUUUCUAUUUUAUUAAUUAUGAAAAAAGCUAGGAGAAUUUUAAUAUUGUGUAUAUUUGUUAUUCUUUAAUUAUGCGCACUGUAAAAACGGCUCUAAUAUUACUUUGUUGAAUUCUCGAUUGCAUUUUUCUAUUAGCACUGCCUUCGCAUGCCGCGAAUUUAUGUGAUAUCAGAAAAUACAUUCAUAUUAUAA